CAGUCCCGGGGAGAGUGCCGGUGGCGGGGCCGGCCCGGCAGCCGCAGGUGGGGCCUGGAGCAUUGGCGCUGGGACCAAGCUUGGGAGCCCCGGGGGCUCCGAUAACCCCGGAUAAAACGCGCGGGGAGCGCCCAGGAUGCCCCGCGGGGACUCGGAGCAGGUGCGCUACUGCGCGCGUUUCUCCUACCUCUGGCUCAAGUUCUCGCUCAUUAUCUACUCCACAGUGUUCUGGCUGAUUGGGGCCCUGGUGCUGUCUGUGGGGAUCUAUGCAGAGGUCGAGCGGCAGAAAUACAAAACCCUCGAGAGUGCCUUUCUGGCCCCUGCCAUCAUCCUCAUCCUGCUGGGGGUAGUCAUGUUCAUCGUCUCCUUCAUUGGGGUGCUGGCUUCCCUCCGGGACAACCUGUGCCUUCUCCAAAUGUUUAUGUACAUCCUUGGGAUCUGCCUCAUAAUGGAGCUCAUUGGUGGCGUGGUGGCCUUGAUCUUCCGGAACCAGACCAUUGACUUUCUAAAUGACAACAUCCGAAGAGGGAUUGAGAACUACUAUGACGAUCUGGACUUCAAAAACAUCAUGGACUUUGUUCAGAAGAAGUUUAAGUGCUGUGGCGGGGAAGACUACCGAGACUGGGCCAAAAACCAGUACCAUGACUGCAGCGCCCCCGGACCCCUGGCCUGCGGGGUGCCCUACACCUGCUGCAUCAGAAACACGACAGAAGUUGUCAACACCAUGUGUGGCUACAAAACCAUCGACAAGGAGCGCUUCAGCGUGCAGAACGUCAUCUACGUGCGGGGCUGCACCAACGCUGUCCUCAUCUGGUUCAUGGACAACUACACCAUCAUGGCAGGUGUCCUACUGGGCAUUCUGCUCCCCCAGUUCCUGGGGGUGCUGCUGACACUGCUGUACAUCACCCGGGUGGAGGACGUCAUUGCGGAGCACUCUGUCACCGACGGGCUGUUGGGGCCUGGUGCCAAGCCCAGCGUGGAUGCCGCAGGCACGGACUGCUGCUUGUGCUACCCUCUUUAGGGCCCUGCCUGGGACAGCAGCUCCAACAGGACCAUGCUGGACAGCACCUCUUGAUCCACAUUGUAGGGUGGACAGGAUUGUGCCCCACUGCUCACACUGGGCACUGACCAAAGCCUGGGUUAUGUGUGUCUGCCUGUGUCCAUCGGCCACUGCCUCCUCUGGGGGGCUUCCCUGUGGCCUGGGCAACAAAGGUGUCCCUUCUCCAGGCCUGGGCUGCAGGGGAAAGGGGAGUUUGAGGCCCAUUUCAUUUCUGCCUGUGCCUUGGCCUGUGGCCCUUAUACCCCUGCAAAGGGUUUUGUGGUGACUUGGUGAGGAGAGAGGAGUAUGUGUGCCCUGAUGGGUGGGAGGGGCGGGCUGCAGAUCUGGGACCCCAGCCCCUCAGCCCUGCCUAGGCCCAGGCUGAGCCACUUCUCAGCCUUCCAGGUGCCUUGAGCUCUCUCCUGUAAGGGCUGCUGCUUUGCUGACCCUAGUUUUUUAUGUGAUUUUUGUAAAAUUCAUCUUUUGUACAGAUAACAGGAAUUUCUGACUGAUCAAAGCUGGUUGUUCCCCCACCUGCCUUAUUCUUUUUUUGCCCCCUUCAAGCCAGUUUA